GAGGAAGCGCGUAUCGUAUCAGUAAAGCAGUACAGUUUCGAACUCCACCGUGUCCACACAAGCCCACGAUGCGUCCCAGCACUGCGCUUCUCAUUGCCGUCUUCUCCUGCAUCCAAUUGGCAGUAUGGGCCUGCGAUGCAGACCAAGCUCACAACGGAUGCAAGAUCUACGGAGCAUCGUGCACGUGUGGGUACGGAUGCAGGACGGAGUUCAUCUAUAGGACACGAAGGGCGUGCCUCAAUGCAUUGAGAGAAAGGAGUUCAAAUAUUUGUAGCCGCCUACCAUGCUUGAGAGGAAAUUGUAUACAAACUGUUCAAGAUCCAGGCUUCACUUGUAAAUGUGAAGGUACCGGUUUCUACGGGCAACGCUGCGAGAAGGCCUGCCCAACCGUACCAGUGCGCGGCAUGAUCUUCCCCCACGAGUGCAUCGUCAUCUGAAGCCCAUAGACAAAAACUACAGAAGCACCCAUAUUUAUUUAGUCAUCUAAUCUAUCCUUUAUGUACAGUUUCAACAAAUCCAUUGUUAACUUAAGUAUAUUAUUUUAUCUGACCAAUUUAUUCCGAAAUAAAGUUACACAUUAUUGAAAA